AUGGGACUUAAUGAUUAUUAUUGUGCACCUAGAGGUAAUAUACUCAUGAUUUCAUCACUCCCUUCUAUCCCUAAUGUUUAUGCAUUGUUGAUGCAAGAGGAGAAGCAAAGGGAGGUCCAGAAUACACCAAAAUUUCCUGGUGAAUCUUCUUCAUUCAUCGCUGACAAUGGACAAAGAUCAUUUUCUACUGAUUUUAGGGGACAAAAGGGGAACUAUGAUAGCAAGAAGUCUAAUCUUGUUUGCAGAUAUUGCAAGAAAACAGGACAUAGCAUUGAAAAAUGCUAUAAGAUACAUAGAUUUCCGGCUGAUUUUAAAUUUACUAAGUCAAGAAACUUUCAAAAUUCUGUUAAGAGUAAUGCUGUGACUUCUAAUGAAUUUUCUGGAGAUUGUUUUAUGACUAGCGCAGAAUCAGAGGAGCAUGAGAAACUUCUCACACAGGUGCAAUUGGCACAGGUCAUGCAGAUGCUUCAGCAGGUGAAAAAUAAGGAUCAAGCCAAUAAUUCUGAUGUCAUAGCCUCUGUGAAUUGUGCUGAUUUUUUUAUCAAUCUUAAACCAUUGCCUAGAAUUAUUUCUGUAAGACUUCCUAAUUCACAAAAGAUUAAGGGCCCUUCAAUGAAGAGCCCAAUGCUCCUUGGUGAAAGCCAGAAUGGUCUCUACAUCUUGAAGAAUAGGCUUCCAAUUCACUAG